AAUCUAACUAGUGCCCUGGGUGCUUGUCAGGGCCCACAGGCCGGGCAGUGAGGUAGCCGCGGGCGAACUGCAAAUACAGGGCAGGGGAGGAAGGAAACUUUAGAGAAGCGACUGCGCCGUCCGGUAGCUGAGGGGAUUUGUAAGACGGGCCGAGCUGGGGCUGUAGAGGGAACUGAACUGCAAACCACCCGGGCUAACCAGAGCUGGUGCAUUUGCAAGGGGACACCAAGUGGUAUCUGCUGUGCGGGCGGGAGUUUGAAGACGAGGGCCACGUUAUUCCCCGAGCAGCAACUUGUGCGAGAGUCCGUUUGCGCGUCAGCGGCUCCCACCAGCCCUUCCAAUUCUGGGGCUGGAGAUGGAGGAGGAAGAGGCUGCGCAGAAAGAAAGUUUCACCGAGGAGGAGAGGGUCCGGUUUGUGGGGCACCGUCUGGCACUUUUGCUGAACUUUCAAGCAGAGAAAUGGAGCAAAUAUCUUGAAAAUGAGGAGAACCAGAAAACCCUGGCGGAGUUUUUGGAUAAAACCGAAGCAGCUUUCUUGCUGUUUUGCUCCCCUCGGGCAGGAACGUUAACAGCUAUGCAGAAGAUACCCAGUGAUAUAACACACAAAUUAGUUUGCGUUAUGAAGACCACAGAACGCAUUGGAACAGACAAUUACAAAAAAGAGCUGGUAUUUGAAGAGUUGUCUGCAACGCCACUUGAGCAUACAGUUGAUUUCAUAGAAGAGGUUUUAGUACCUGUUCUUUCCAAUAAGAAAAACCAUGGAUCCUGGCCACAUUUUGUUUCACAAGAUAUGGAACGUCAUGUGGAAAUUUUGAAAAAUAAGGUGCAUGUUAUGAAGGGAAUGAUGUCAGGAAGAACCCUUCUUCCCAUUCCAACAGUUGCAGCAAAGGCUGACUUGCAUCAGAUGUGCACUGAAAAUAAACAAUAUCCAUAUGCUAGGACCAUGCUGCAUGCAAUUGAAUCUAUGGUUAUUAAAUGGUCGCAUCAGAUACGUGACAUAUUAAAAAGGGAUUCUGUUCAACCUCUUCUACAAGGCCUCCAUUCAGAUCCCCAAACUGAGCUCAACUUCUGGAAGACAAGAAAAGAUAAUUUGUUGUGCAUAUAUGAUCAACUUCAGUCUCCUGUUGUUCAAAAAAUGGUUACGAUCUUAAAAGCCAAAGAGAGCAGCUAUUAUCCUACUUCUCAGAGCAUUCUGAAGGAUGUAGAAGAUGGUAAGGGUAGCUUGAAUUAAAUUUAUAUUUUGUCUGCCUUUAUAUGUUUGUGUUAUAGAAUAAUC